AUGACAACGCCCUCCCUAAUGACCGACUGGGCAAAAGCCUGUCAUGCAGACCAACUUGCCAAUUUCCCGCCUGACAACGUAUCUACGCAACUCAUCGUCAUUCUUGACCAGGUUCUCUCUUCUCAGACCUCACCGACAGCGUCUGCUUCCGCGACGGCAAACCUGAUCCAGUCUGAACACGACAUAACCCACGGAUUGUCAUGCCUGAUAGGCCUCUUCCUCUUCGCCGCUGGACGAAACACCAGUCUCGACUCACUAGAUCUCCUUGUAUCCUACCUCGUCGAACUAGCCAAACAACCCGAUGCCAUCAACGAAGGCCCCGAACCCAAGGUAUGGGACGAAGGCGGAGGCGUCAUGCACGAGAUACCAUCCGGUGCGCCAAUCAUCGUAGAAGGAAAACAAUUAUGGAGUGAGCUACCAAUGUUAGGUUGGAACAUCACAGAAUGGUUUCAAGGUAUGUCAGAUUGA